GCGGUUUUGAUGAACCUGAGCUGCCUCCCAACCAGACAACAUCAUCAAUUCCAGCCGAUCCUGACACUCUCUUGGAGUCGCUUGUCAGUAUCUCAAAUAUGAACGGCGACAGUUACUCGUCCCGAGACGGCGGCGGCGGCGGGCGCAGAGGACGAGACUAUCCGCCUCCCAGAGGUGGUGAACGAGAUGAUCGCCGUGACCGACAUAGAGAUCGAGACCGUCGACGUUCCCGGUCGCCAGACCACCGAAGUCAUCGACGAGGCGAAGGAGACGUCGAUGCGUACUCUUCGAGCCGAAAUCAUCGGGACCGAGAGCGUGAGGACAGAUACUCUGGACGUGAGCGACGAGGAGGCGAGCGCGAAUGGGACCGCGAUCGAGGUUCCUCCCGCCGCGAUGCCCGACGCGACGACGACGAACGGCCUCCCAGACGAGAACAACGAGAGCCUUUCGAGGAUCGCCGACGCGGAGGCAGGGACCGACGCGAGGAGGGAUUCGGGCGACACGAAAACCGCCGUAGCCCAACUCCGCCUCCUAAGAAGCGAGAGCCAACACCCGACUUGACCGACAUCGUUCCUGUUCUAGAGCGCAAGCGCCGGUUGACGCAGUGGGACAUCAAGCCCCCCGGCUACGAAAAUGUCACGGCUGAGCAGGCCAAGCUCUCAGGCAUGUUCCCUCUGCCAGGUGCACCUCGACAGCAGCCCAUGGAUCCCAGUAAGCUCCAGGCUUUCAUGAACCAGCCGGGUGGCCAGGUCACCAGUGCUGGUCUCAAGGCCAGCAACUCUAGGCAGUCGAAGCGUCUUCUGGUUUCCAAGAUUCCAUCCGGAACAACUGAGGAGAGCUUGAUGUCCUUCUUCAACCUUCAACUGAAUGGCCUCAACAUCAUUGAAAACACGGACCCUUGCACUCUCUGUCAGUUCUCCAACGACCACUCUUUCGCCGUCUUGGAGUUCAGGAGCGCAUCCGAUGCAACAGUUGCUCUGGCCCUGGACGGCACUUCCAUUGAGGCAGACGAUGCCGCGAACGGCGCAGCAAAUGGAGGUGCUCGCGGUCUGGAGAUCCGUCGACCCAGGGACUACGUGGUGCCGGCCAUUACUGAGGAGGUUGCUUUCGAUCCUGAGGUGGUCUCCAACGUUGUACCGGAUACCGUCAAUAAGCUAAGCAUCGCCAACAUUCCAACCUUCCUGACAGAGGACCAAGUCAUUGAACUGCUCGCCGCUUUCGGAAAGCCAAAGGCAUUCAUCCUCGUCAAGGACAGAGGCACUGAGGAAUCCAGGGGCAUUGCAUUUGCUGAAUACCAGGACCCAGUCGCGGCCAACCCGCCUGCUCUCGAUACCUUGAACGGUAUGGAUGUCGGAGGCAAAAAGUUGAGAGUUACCAAGGCUAGCAUUGGCCCUACCCAGGUUGCCAACUUUGAUGUUGGUAUCACUGCCAUCAGUGGUCUUGCUUCUCAGACUACCAAUGAGGUCGAGACAAGCCGCGUUCUGCAGCUUCUUAACAUGGUCACAGCCGAGGAGCUCAUGGACAACGAUGACUAUGAAGAAAUCUGUGAGGACGUCCGCGAAGAGUGUUCCAAGUUUGGCACCAUCGCCGACCUGAAGAUCCCAAGACCCACUGGUGGCAGCAGGCAAUCUGCUGGUGUGGGCAAGAUUUUUGUCAAGUUCGACACGACGGAAUCAACAACCAAGGCCUUAAAGUCGCUGGCUGGGCGAAAGUUUGCGGACAGAACCGUCGUGACAACCUAUUUCCCCGAGGUAUGUAAACGUUUAACGGCCUUACAACUUGGUGCUAACUAAGACCACAGGAAAAUUUCGAUGUCGGCGCGUGGUAGGUGUUUAAUGGCAAGGGGUGGGAUAGUAGGGGAUUAGUCAAACAGGGAGAUUUGGUUAUGCGUCUCGAGAUCGAAUGGGAGUCGUCUCUGCUGGUGUAUCGGAGGGCGUGGUCACUUGAAAAUGUAAAACAGUGGACAUGAAAUGGAGCUUUGAAGUUUUGCCAGGCUAGAUACAACUAUGCAGGCACAGGCGCGGGAUAAGUGAAUUCAAUUUCUUU